AAUGUGCUCUUAUUUUACAUCACGUCAAACUAGGUGUAUAUAUAUAUCCUAUCAUGUACUAAGCUUUGUAUGAUACUAGUGAACCGACCCGGCUGGAGCGGCUGAUACUGAUGGCGAAUUUGUGAAAACUAUUUAACGUGUAAAUCACUUGGGGUAGAAGAAAAUUAUCACAGCUGACAUGGAGAAGAGAUGAUGGUCCUACAAAUUCAGCCUACAACAAGAUCCUGUGCCACCAACUCCAGUGUUCUUCAACAUUUCUGUCGUUUUCGUCGGUGACAACACUUCGUCGUUGUCGACUUGACCCGCUAAAAGAGUUUCUCCCUCUGAGACUAGACGGAGAUAAGUGAGAAGUUUUAACGCGAUGGCGGGACAGACUAGAUUGGCCACUUUGUCGGCUCAAACGGCCAAAUCUUCAUUUCUGAAAGGAAUCGGACAGAGAGAGAAGAGAAAAAUAGAGUGGAGUCAUUUUACCAGGAAUAUUUCCUCUGAAACAAACAGCAGCAAGAGUUUCUUCAUUACAACCCCUAUAUUUUAUGUGAAUUCGCAGCCACAUAUUGGUCACCUAUAUUCAGCACUUCUUGCUGAUGCUGCACAUAGAUUCCAGCAGCUGCAGGGAAAACCCACACAAACGACAAUCUUCUCCACUGGCACGGACGAACACGGUCUUAAAGUCCAGCGGGCUGCUGCUUUAAAUGGCUCUGACCCACUUCGGUUCUGUAACGAUGUUUCGGAGAAAUUUAAAUCUCUCUUUGACUCGGCAGACGUCAAGUACACGCAUUACGUUCGUACGACGGAGGAAAAACACAAACUUGCAGUCGAGCACUUCUUCGGUAGGUUGAGAGAGAGAGGUCACAUUUACCGUGGUAACUACAGUGGAUGGUACUGUGUUCCGGAUGAGGCAUUUCUAACGGAAGCACAGGUGCAAGAGGUGACCCUACCGUCCGGCGAGAAAAGACUUGUAAGUGCCGAAAGUGGUCAACCCGUUGACUGGAAUAGCGAGGACAAUUAUAUGUUCGAAUUAUCGAAAUUUCAAAGUGAUCUGCUCUACUGGUUAAAUGAUGAAAAGCGAGUGCAGCCCAAGAGAUUUCGUGAACAGUUACGGAGGUGGUUGGACGACGACCUUCGAGAUCUCUCGGUGUCUCGACCCAGUGCUCGUGUGUCUUGGGGCAUUCCGGUCCCGGAUGAUGACUUGCAUACGAUUUAUGUCUGGGUCGAUGCCCUUAUCAACUACCUCACAGUAUCGGGAUAUCCUAAAUUAGAUCUAUGGCCACCCGACGUUCAGGUGCUUGGCAAAGACAUAUUGCGCUUCCACGGUAUCUAUUGGCCGGCACUUCUGAUCGGUGCGGGAUUAGAGCCGCCCCGUUCUAUUCUCUGUCAUUCCCACUGGACGGUCGAGGGACAGAAAAUGAGCAAGUCGUUGGGUAAUGUGGUAUGCCCCGAGGACUGCAUUAAACGGUAUUCGGCCGAUGGCCUUCGGUAUCUCUUACUGAGAAUGGGCACGCCGCAUUUUGACAGCAACUGGAGUGAAGCUAACGCAGUUCACUUACUAAAUGUGGAGCUGGCAGACACGUUGGGAAACCUUCUUAGUCGGUGCACGGCUCCGUCUCUCAACCCAAAUCGGCAAGUACUUCCUCUUAACCCACAAUUCCUUCAAGAGAUGCCAUUAUCUGGACAAAAAUUGGUGGAACAGUUAAUCAAUCUUCCGGCUGCUGUGGGAAACCAUUACUCCGACUUCAAUUUUUAUCGCGGCUUAGAAGUCGUCGUGGCAGCGGCUCGUCGAGCCAAUGCUUUUGUCCAAGAAGAAAAACCUUGGGAACUGAAAAACCUUCCAGACCGCACCAAAUUAGACUCCGUGUUACGGGUUGCUCUAGAGACCGUAAGAAUGGCAGGCAUAGCUUUACAGCCGGUUGUACCCUCGGUAGCCUCUCAAAUCCUGGAUACUCUAGGUAUACCAAUCCACCAGAGAUCUUGGGCCAAUCUGCAAGCAGGAUUUGAGGAUCCCAAGCAUAGGCAUUUAAGUACCUCGUUUAGCUUAGGACCUCGGAAAAAGCUCUUCACAAAAAUAAAACUUUGAAGGGUUUCCUUGGUACCCCACGUGGAUCGCCGAAUUCAGUUUCCACGAUGUAAAAUGGCAAAGUAUUUCAUGUUGGAUUUGUUUGUCAUAAUGCCAUGACCUAUAAUUUGUAAAUGCUUCCAAAUACAGAAUGUGAUUGAUGAGCCAUUUUUCUUUUCACGAACAUCGGGAUUUAUCUAUUAAAACAUAAUGUACAAUAUGGUAUUUAUAUUUUUUCACGUAAUAACUUGUCAUCUCUUGUAAAACUGUAUUUCAUUUCUGUUUAGUAUAUGUUAACUUAUGUUACUGCACAGAUAGUACUACACAAUAUGUACAGUAUACUUAUAAAUCUGUACUCGGUAAAAUUUCUUAAUAAAAUUUCUUAUUCU